UAUACUAAAACAAAGAUGGCGGAUUCGGAGGAGCCUAAAGCAGGAUCAUGCACUUUUCUGUUCAAAAAAUCCACCAAGAAGUUCUCCGGCCGAAAGAGAAAAGCGAGCGACAGUGAAAAAGAAGAUGGUAGUAGCGAUGAAGAGGAGAGUGCAGUGGUCAGAAGAGACCGAAAGGAGGGCAAGGCCAACCCCAUGAUUCAAAAGACUAAAAAAAUUGAGAAGAAAACUGCUGUGUCCAGUGACAGUGAUGAGGAGAAAGAGGGGAAAGUCACAGUUGCCUAUAAAUCCACCCGAUCAGCAAAACCAGAAGGACCAGAGGACAUGGGAGCUACAGCCACAUAUCAACUGGACACAGAGAGAGAUAAUGAUGCACAAGCCAUUUUUGAGAGGAGCCAGAAAAUUCAAGAGGAGAUAUCUGGCAAAGAAGAUGAUAAAAUUUACCGUGGAAUAAACAAUUAUCAAAAAUUCAUUAAACCAAAGGACACAACCAUGGGCAAUGCAUCCUCUGGAAUGGUCAGAAAAGGGCCAAUUCGUGCUCCUGAACAUCUAAGGGCGACAGUUAGGUGGGACUACCAGCCAGACAUCUGCAAAGACUACAAAGAGACUGGCUUCUGUGGUUUUGGAGACAGCUGUAAAUUCCUUCACGACCGGUCGGACUACAAACAUGGAUGGCAAAUUGAGAGGGAAUUGGAGGAGGGCAGAUACGGAGCUAAUGAGGAGGAAAAUUAUGAGGUGAGCAGUGAUGAAGAAGAUAUGCCAUUUAAAUGCUUCAUCUGUAGAGAGUCUUUCAAGAAACCCAUCGUCACAAAAUGCAAGCACUAUUUUUGUGAAGCUUGUGCUCUUCAACAUUACCGCAAGUCUAAACGCUGCUACGUGUGUAAUACUCAGACCAAUGGAGUCUUCAACCCGGCAAAAGAGUUGAUGGCCAAGAUGGAAAAACACAAUGCAGCUUUAGCCGACCAACCUCCAUCAGAAGAGGAAGAUUAAACACGCCCCCUGCUCUUUGUUUCUGUGUCUGUGUAAACUUUGAAUAAACAUUUUUUUAGAUAGUGAA